UUCAGGACUCCAAGGAGAGAGGAAGAGUGAGGGGGAUGGGGGAGGAGGUGGUGUUCGAGGAAAUUCGCAUACCCGAGCAGAAGUGGCUGGCCGGAGUAGCCUUCCCGGCGGUGCUGGCUCCACCAAGCUUUCCGGAUGGGCACCCUGAUGCCGCCGGUCUCGCGUGGAGGGUCCAGCGCGGGAAGGCAGCGGUGGAAGCUGCGCUCCGGACUAGUGGGGCGGUGCUCCUCCGCGGGUUCCCCGAGCGCACGGCGGCGGAGUUUAACGAGGUGGUGGAGGCGUUCAGUUGGGAGGAGUUGCCGUACGUCGGCGGUGCAGCCCCGAGGACCAACGUCGUUGGACGCGUCUUCACGGCCAAUGAGUCUCCCCCAGACCAGAAGAUCCCCUUCCACCACGAGAUGGCUCAGGUUCCCCAAUUCCCUUCCAAGCUGUUCUUCUUUUGUGAAGUCGAGCCAAGGGAAGGUGGAGAAACACCAAUCGUUCUCAGCCACUUGAUAUAUGAAAGAAUGAAAGAAAAGUACCCAGAGUUUGUGAGCAGACUUGAGGAACGUGGCUUGAUCUACACGCGUGUGCUAGGGCAGGGAGAUGAUCCUUCUUCCCCAAUCGGACGUGGGUGGCAGUCAACAUUUUUAACCACAGACAGGAAGGUGGCCGAAGAAAGGGCCACCAAACUAGGGAUGAAGUUAGAAUGGAUAGAUGAUGGUGUGAAAACAGUGAUGGGCCCAAUUCCAGCCAUUAAAACUGAUUCAACAAGGGGGCGCAAGGUUUGGUUCAAUAGCAUGGUUGCUGCUUACACUGGCUGGGAAGAUUCUCGCAACGAUCCCGUUAAGGCAGUAACUUUUGGAGAUGGAACACCGUUGCCAGCUGAUAUUAUCUACGACUGUCUCAAGAUACUUGAGGAGGAAUCUGUUGCAAUUCCAUGGCAACAGGGAGAUAUCCUGCUGAUAGACAAUAUGGCUGUCCUCCAUUCACGGCGGUCGUUCCAACCUCCACGUCGUAUAUUAGCAUCCUUGUGCAAAUAGUGACCAUACCUUAUUUGCCGAGUAAUUGUGCCACCUUGAUGCUUAAACCAAGAACUGAGCUAAUAAGUAACAAUAAAUAAGUUGCUCUUAACUUUGGAGUC